GUGUGGGAUCUGUUUCUGGUUACCAUCUUCCUAGAGCUAAACCUCUGUGAACGUGGAGUAGUACAGAAAAAGCAUAGAAUCUGCAUCCCUUUUUUGCAGUAAAGCUUUAAAAUAUUUGAGGGCUUCUUCAAAAUUUUUUGAUCCUUUCUGUUGACUAAACUAGACCAAGCAAACAAGUCUGGUCAGUUUUUUAACUCCUGCUGACCUAGGCCAGCAUGGAUACCUGGUUGUACUGCUGGGCUUUUUCAGGGGAAUGCUAACUAUGUAUGUUUGUGCUUCAUCCCCACCCCCAAAUAAUUGUCACACAUCAUAAACAUUAGCUUGAGUGCUGUACAAGAAUAUCCCUAAAGCCCAUUUUAGGAAGACAGUUGAACACAGUGUGUCCCUUUGAGCAAGGUGAGGGCAGCUGAAGACAGAGCAGCCUCUGACUAAGCUGCCAAUUAAAAACUGGAUAUUCUUCUUUCCCCUGGAGAGGUGUGGAGGCUACUGGAAGUGUGCUUCCUCUUAAAAUAUCUGUGAGAUUCAUUUUCCUUGGAUGAGUGAGAGAGUGUAGUGCUGACAUACCUGGUUUUGGGUUUUUUGUACCCAGACAAACAUUAUUUGCAAAUCUGUGUAUAAUGGGAGAGUUGAGUGUUGUGGUUUUGCAUUGUGCUUUUGUGGGUUCUCUCCAUUUUGGAGACUUCCUCACAAGGCAGAGAGAGAGAGAGGAGAAAGGAUUACUUCAAUCUUUGGCAAGCAAUUUCAGUUUUUAUUAAGUAGGUAUCUGAUCCUGGCAGAGCUCAUCUUCCCUCUGUGCAGGGAUAAGCGAUGUGAGGUGUAUUUUACAGGCUGUUGGCAUGUUUGUGUUCCCUGCUCAGCAGACUUGAACUGAGGUUUUAUGUUUGUAGCUAGGCAGAGUCUCAACUGGGUACACUUAAUAAGAUAUGUGCCUGCUAGUCAAGGGGAUAGUAAACAUGGGCUGGCAGCUGAUAGCCCGGCACCCUCCCUCACUCCUUCUCAUCCCUUCUGCGCUUGUGCCAGCAGGACGUGGCACCCGGCACAACCACCCGGCCUCCCAGAGGAGAGGCUGGCCCUGCUGUCCUGAAGCAAGCGGGUCUCUGCACAAAGCUGCUGAGCGAGUCACGAGGCUGUUCAGGUGCUGCACUUGUGCUCUGGAGAGGCUGGUGCAGGUCUCUUUGGAGUCAAAACUUGUCUAUGUUUCUGUCAUUUUGUCACUUUUAAUACACUGCCCUGACUUGCUUGCUGGGAAGAGAGUAUGCAUCUGGAGAUCAAAGUUGCUCUUAACUUCAUCAUCUCAUACCUGUACAACAAGCUUCCUCGGAGGCGGGCAGACCUGUUUGGUGAGGAGCUAGAGCGCCUGCUGAAGAAGAAGUAUGAGGGUCACUGGUACCCCGAGAAACCUCUGAAGGGAUCUGGCUAUCGCUGUGUUCAUAUAGGAGAGACAGUGGAUCCGGUGGUGGAGCUGGCAGCCAAGAGGAGUGGGCUGGCUGUGGAGGAUGUGCGUGCCAAUGUGCCAGAAGAGCUGAGUGUCUGGAUUGAUCCUUUUGAGGUUUCCUACCAGAUCGGUGAGAAGGGCUCUGUUAAGGUUCUCUACCUAGAUGACAGUGAGGGCUGCAGUGCCACAGAGCUGGACAAAGAAAUCAAGAGCAGCUUCAACCCCGACGCCCAGGUAUUUGUCCCUAUUGGCAGCCAGGACAACUCGCUGUCCAACUCUCCAUCUCCCUCCUUUGGCCAGUCACCCAGCCCCACCUUCAUCCCUCGCUCUGCUCAACCCAUCACGUUCACCACUGCCACCUUUGCUGCCACCAAGUUUGGCUCGACCAAGAUGAAGAAGGGUGGAGGAGCUGGAGGAGGGGGCGGUGGAGCAGGGGCUGUGCAGCAGCCAAGAAUGGUCAGGUCUCCCACCACCAACCUGCUGAAGCACAAGGGCCUCUCCCUGUCUAUGCACUCUCUGAACUUCGUCGGGAGCACUGGGAGCCAAGCCCCACAGUCACAGCUCUCCCCCAAUGCCAAGGAGUUCGUUUACAGUGGCGCCUCGCCAGGAGCCAGCAGUCUCUUCUUCGAUGGUGUUGCCAGUGAGAGCCAGGCCAGCAGCAUCCCACCAGCAUCGCAGUUCAACGCCAGCACAGGUGGUACCUUUGAUAUGGCUCAGGUCUUCGGUGGCAGCACCAAUAGCCUCUUUUUGGAGAAAUCUCCUUUUGUGGAAGGACUCAGCUACAACCUGAAUGCCAUGCAGUAUCCUAGCCAGUCGUUCCAGCCCGUCGUCCUGGCCAACUGAAUACAGUGGAAGGAGAGUAUUUUGGGGCAGGGAGGGAGGGGGGGUCAAGAACAAAACAAACAAUAGGGAGAGAAAAGAAAAAUAGAAAUAUACAGAAAAUAUUAAAACCUUACAAAUAUAGGUUCUUGGGAAAAGUGAGAGCUCAGUGUUGUUGCGCUGUGCUGGUAACGCUCCUGAAGCACUGAAUUGUUUUUUAACUCAGUACCUGUGCUUUUUUCCUACUCACUUUUUUACUCCUUAAAAUGAGUCUUGGGCUUUUUUUUUUGGUUUGUGUGCCCUCUUCCCCUACUCCAGCCCAGGACUGGUGCAACUGUAGGUCACAAUGCUCCUGAUUCCCGGCACCACCUCCUGCCCCACACUGGACAUAGGGUCUUUCUACCUGGGUGUAGGGAUGUCAUCUUCAUACCACCAUGCUGGAGGAGGGACAAGAAGAGCAUGAGUCAGUGUUGAUGGGGACACACACAGUCGUGUUGUGUGCUAACCAGAAUGGGUGUGUGAACUUGCUUUUUCUGUGUAUACAGAGAACAUUGCCUUGUGCCCAUGGGUGCAGACCACUGUGCUGUUGUGGCUCCAGCCCAAGCUGGCAUCAGCUGUUCUGUGUGCUGAAAAGCACUAACUCUUCUCUGACUAUCUCACAGCACAUCACAGUCAGGGCAGAGCAUUACUGUGAAAUGGCUUCUUCCUGCUCCCUUCCUCAUCUGCACUUCCAGUUGUGGCUAUGGGGGGUUAGUGCUUUGAGCUUAGUGGCUCUGGUUAUUGGACGUUUCUGUACCUGAGCAAGAGGGCUUUUUAUGUUCUCUCAGGGCUGCCUAGUAAGUCUGGAUGACAGCCCCUCUGGUGUAGAAACACCACCUGCCUCUCUCUGUGGCUUGUGGGAUGUGGAACUGAACCAGUUGGACCCCACUUGGAUCCUUCCUCCACUUCCCAGAUGUUCCCCCCAGCAGCAGGGGCCAGCAUCCACUUGGGGUGGCCUCUGAGGUCAGAGUUCUCAUUAUCUGCUGUGAAUUCAUCUUCUUGUCUCAAAGAGGAAAUUUCUUCCUUUUUAGUUCGUGAGGCAGCACAACUUUUCAAGAAGAUAGGGUGAUGUUGUUGAAGCUGCUGUCUUGAGUGGUAUCAUAAGGGUUUAUGCUUUCAGCCAGGUAUGUACCUGACUAAAUCCCUUCCCUUGCCUUUCUGGAGAAGCAUGAGGAGGUGGCUGAUCCAGGGAGAAAAGGAAGCACCUAUCAUAAAUUCCUCAUUCCAGCCAGAUCACAUCAGCAUGGACAGUAGCAAGCUCAGGGCAGAGCUGGGAUGGGCUCUCCAAAGGCAAGUGGUCAUCUCAGCCUGUGAGUGUAUGGUGCCUCUUCACAGCAGGGAUGAGAUUUGGGACUCUGCACCUUUCUCCAAGAUGAUGGGUGGCAGUCAGCCAGUAGUGGCUGUUCAGUUUGAUCCCUUCUGUGCUGAGGACUCCAAAACCCACCUUCACAGAACAUCAAAGGAGGACUGCUUCAUGCAGAGGAAGGUUGAAGGCUUUUUAGGUGGAAAGGGAGGUUUCCUUGCAGGCUGCUGUGUGAGCAUGGAAGUGUGCAAAGAGGAGAGAGAUGGAGAUGAUGAAACUCCAGUCUUUGAAGUUCUCAGUUUAAAUGAAAAAUAAGCUUUUGCUGCUUCCCAGACUUGAGGCUUGGUUUUCUUUUAAUGAUGCUUCUUGGAGCACAGUCUGAAAUCCACUCCUCCUGCACUUGUGGAACCAAUGUGCUCUUUCAAGAAAUCUGUUUCAGGUGAGAUGAGCUUGACCAUGUGCUUUUCCUCCUCCCUUCCCUGAGAGGGAGGCACUCCAGCCCUCUUGUAGUUGUGUUGCCACUGAGCAUUUGCAGAAGGUAAUGGGGCUGUCCCAGGUAGACAAUCUGUGCCCAGAGCUCUCCAAGGAGUUUCCAGUGUACCCUUCCCCUCGGUGGGUGAUGGGGCACAUGGUCCUGACCUUGUGCCCAGCAUGGGUUCCCAAGCAGGCUGCUUGCUAUUGAACUAUGACCAAUGCAGCAGAUGGGUGAGGAGAGCAGAGCUCAGCCAGUUCCCCCAAAGCUGGUGUCCACAACCUCAACUCUGCAGGUUUCCAGACAAGGACAAGUUGUUAAGGAGUGGCCCAGCUGUUGUUUCCUUUUUUUUCUUUCCUUUGAACCCACUGCUUUUAACAGAUGCUACCACUGCCAUGGAAUCCUCCCCAACAGGGUGCUGCUGGGUGCCACCCCACAUAUUGCACUGGACUCUGAGGGGUGUUCAGACCCUGAUGGCAGGACCUGGUCCAGUUGCCCCCCACUGCCCCCACAUCUGGCAAAGCCACCUAUGAGACACUGCCUUGAGACGGCAUGCUCUCCUCCAGCACAGGGAGGGAGGGAAGAAGUGGGGUGUCCCCUGUCCACUUGCUUAUGUGUGUGUAAAGCUUUGAUGCUGCUUUGCUCUGCCACACGUAUUAUACCUGCUUUAAAAAUAGUGGUGUGAGUGGAAGGAGGAAAAGAAGAGGGACCAACCUCUUUGCAUCUUAAAAGGAAAAAAGUGUGCUUCAGAACUGUUCCUCCAGCAUCAGGCAGCAAUGGAAACUAAUGGCCAUUUCAGGUCUUUUCUAGUCUUGGAUGUAGGUGUUCAGCUUCAAUUUUAUUUUUUAAAAACCUGCACUAAUUUACCUGGUUUCUUAGGAAGAGAAGAGAGAAGAUUUUUUUUUUUAACUUUUAUUUUUUAUGGGUUUAUGUUCUUUUUGUUGAUGUCCGUUUGUAUUGAAUAAUUUGCUACAUUUGUAAAAUGUAAGAGGUAUAUAUAAUAUAUGUAUAUUUCUAACAUAAAAAAUGUAAUUUUUUUCUUUUCAAGAUUUUUUCUUAAAAAAGAGGAGAGAAAAAAUAUUUUUUCAGGAAAAAACUUUAAAAAAAAAAAGAAGUGGUGAAGAUUCCUUUCUCCCCACUCAACCUCCCUUUCCUCCUGCCCCUCUCCAGGAGUGAAUCAACAGUUGCCUUGUGGGAGAGGAGUGAAAGAGGACAGAAGUCUGUAUGUCUCUGAGUGGAGGAUUUCUGUGUGUGCUCUGCUUGGGUUGUUUUUGGAGAAGGGGACUGCUGAGAGGGGGAACCAGGGGGUUGCUGUCUUUUUCUUUUUUUUUUUUUCCUUCUUUUUUUUCUCUUUAGCGAAGGAGUAAUACAAUCAGAGUUUUGUAUUCAGAAUGUUGUGCAAUAUUUUGGAACGGGAUAUUGGUGUGUCUAGAGAUUUAGUUAAAAACAAACAAAAAACCCCACAAAAAGGUUGAUCAAAUCUGUACAGUUUCUAUUGUUCCAGAUUUUUUUAAGUUUGUAUUAAAAGCAUGAUAUAAUAA